AGAAGUGUUUGGCCUAAAGAUCCACGAAGAUGUCAAACACUGUGAAGGAACGGAAAGAUAGUACAGCACUGUUUGUUCUGUCCGCAGUAUGUUUAGCCUUAAUAACAAUUCUCAGCGUAUGGAAGUUGAAGCAAUUCAAAUACAGACUCAUAAAUGAAGCCGGAGGUGCAAUGUUUUACGGUGUUUUUUUGGGUUUAGCCCUCAAGUACUUGUGGUCGGACCGAGAGGAGCAUUUGGAGAACAUGGGCAGUGUGUGCUCUUGCCACGGUCUGAACAGCACUCCUCGUGUCAUAAUGGUCAACACCUCAUCCCACGGGCACUGUUACAGACAUAUUGGAAAGAUGGGCCAGAGAUGCUUGCAGCUCUCAAGUCCCCACAUGGAUACGUUUAAUCCGGAGGUCCUUUUCAAUCUUUUCCUGCCACCCAUCAUCUUCUUUGGGGCUUACACCCUGAAUCAGAGACGAUUCAUUGAGAAUCUGGGGUCUGUUCUGACCUAUGCUUUUCUGGGCACCAUGAUCAGCUUUUUGUGCAUAGGGGCCUGUGUCUACGGCUUCACCAGACUCAUGGUGCUUCUGGGACGAGCAGCAGAUGGAGAGUUCUCCCUCACUGACUGCCUCCUGUUUGGUGCAAUCAUGUCAGCCACUGACCCUGUCUCAGUCCUUGGGCUAUUGUCGGACCUACAUGUGGAUUUGAAUCUGCACGCCCUGCUGUUUGGCGAGAGUGUCCUUAAUGACGCCGUGGCCAUCGUCUUGACUCAUGCCAUCGCCUCAUAUGACCAGAUGGGAAGAGGAAACAUUUUUGACCCACCUGCCUUCCUCCGCUCUGUCGGUUUCUUUCUCGGAGUGCUCAUUGGUUCCUUCCUUCUUGGAUUCAUAUUCACAGUAAUAACAGCCCUCCUCACCAAACUCACACGACUACAUGAGAAUCCUCUGCUGGAAACAUCAAUAUUCUUCCUGCUGUCCUGGAGCAGCUUCCUCUCUGCAGAAGCCUGUGGACUUUCAGGCAUUGUGGCUGUUCUGUUUUGUGGCCUGAGCCAGGCAAAGUACACAACUCUCAAUUUGUCACACGAGGGGAGAACAAGAAUCAAACAGCUCUUUGAAGUCCUCAACUACCUCGGGGAGAUUUUCAUUUUCGGCUACAUGGGAUAUAUAUGGUUUACAUUUAGUCACCAUGUCUUUAGAGCUCUCUUCAUCUUUGGUGCAUUUUUAUCCAUCUUUAUUUCAAGAGCCUGCAACAUCUACCCUUUGUCUUUCCUGAUAAACCUGGGUCAUACAAACAAGAUAUCUCACACCUUCCAACACUUCAUGGUGUUUGCAGGUUUAAGAGGGGCUAUUUCUUUUAGCUUGGCUAUAAGAAACACAUCAACAGAAGCACAGCGCACCAUUCUCACCACCACUCUGCUCCUGAUUGGCUUCACUGUUUGGGUGCUGGGUGCAACUGCCGGUCCCCUGCUGGGCCAUCUGGACCUCAGGGUGGUGGAGGACACAGAUAUAAAUUUGCAGGAUGUUUCCUCUGAGGUUGCAGCAGAGAGGCCAGACACAACACAGAGCCUGUGGCACCGUCUGGACCACCGAUAUCUAAAGCCACUGCUGACACACUGUGGCCCCCCGCUGACCGACUCGCUGCCACAGUGCUGUGGUAGAUUUACUGGAUUCUUCAGAAGCCACCAAAAGCAGGAGGAUGAGGAGCGCCCCUUUGAGACUGAGCCAGAGGACUCCAACGUCAAUUUGGAGAAAUCCGAGCUUUCAUCCACACAAAGCAGCGACUCUGGGUCCGAGCAGCAAGAGGACCUGCUGGAGGGAGACUUGGGCCUUGGCACCGGAGCAACUCAUGUCAUGGAGGAGUGAAUUUUACCACUCUAUCUCUACUUUAUCAUCCCCCUUCUGCUCUAACGCUAGCUCACCGCACCCCACAGAGCGCGGGGACUCUGGUCUGCGUAUUUCAAAGCUACAGAGUGGGAAUGAGUUGUUGCAGUGGCUCACAUAAGGUCACACAACCCCCAUGCGCUGACAUGUGUGCAAAGACACACUCACACUGGAAGGAAGGGACAAUUAGUGAAAACUAGCACUCAUCCUGUUUCUCUGCUGGAGAUGUCUUGGCUUGCUUUGCUUCAGCUCUCUGGAGUUUUACAACUGGAAUUAAAAUGAUGACAUUACUUUUUAUCUACAGGUGUAAGUCAGUAAAUUAAAAUAUCAUGAAAAAGUUAACUUCAAACAGCUCAUGUAUUAUAUAGAUUUUCCUUACAAAGUCUCCUGUGUUUAUUUAAGAUGUUUAUGGCUUACAGCUAAUGCAAAAUAUUUGAAUUAUUACAUAAGAUCAAUUAAAAUAAUAGAUUAUUUAAUACAGAGGCUAUGCUGUGGCAGUGUUACAGGCUACAGAAUCACAGGAAGACUGCUGACUUGAAAGCCCUUGACGCCCUCCACAAGGAGCGUACGCUGCAACAGGUCAUUGCUAAAGAAGAUGACUGUUUAUUGGACGCUGCAUCCAGACAUAUUAAUGGAAAAUUGAGUGGAAGGAAAACUAACAGAAAAAAGGUGCACAACUAAUACGAAUAAGGGGACUUCAACCAAACCCUGUGCAAGAGUAGGUGAAAUCAGCACUUUAAGAGCGCACACUCAUCACUGCAUCUAGAACACUGUCUAAAACUGUAACAUUCCUUGUGUUAAGUCACUUCUGAACCAGGUUUCUGUCACAAUCCUGUCAAGAGUGAUUGUCUGUGGGACUUAUUGCCCUUUUCCUACCACACAUUUUCCUUUGUGUAUUGAUCUGAUGAAAUAUGCUAAUCUUAAAUAUUGUGAUUUCAUUUACUUUUGAGUUGGAAAAUCAUCAUACUUUACAAAAAUAUAGGCUUGAAAACGUCAAUCUGUGUGUAAUUAAUCUAUGAAAUGGGUUUAAGUCAGUGAGUUGAGUUGCUAAAAUAAAUUUACUUUUCAAUAAUAUUCUAAUUUGUUGUGGCUUCCCCUCCUUGUGCACGCGGUCAAUGACUGUCUGCUGGACGGUUGUCAAGUCAGCAAUCUUCCAAAUGAUUGUGUAGUCCAUUACAAAGCCUUUCUUUAUUAAAACUCUGUCUUACUGGUCUUAUGUAAUAUUCAAAAUUUUAAGCAACUGCAUUUUGAAUUUUCAUUAGCUUUCAGCCAUAAUCAUUUAAAUUGGAAAUAAACGCUUUUAAUGUAUCACUGUUUUGAUUUUUAAAUGGAAUUACUUAAAGUGCCUGCGACAUGUUUUUUUCCCACAAAUGUAGAAAUUGAAGAGAAAUUGGGCAGUAAUUGGCAUUAUUUUGGGAUUAAAGAUGUGAUAAUAGACCAUUGUGACACAGAAUAGGCAUAUUUCAUAAAUUUUGCAAGUCCAACGUCGCCUGGAAAUUAAGUGAAAGGGGAGGUCUCCGGUCAGUCAUUGUGUGAGCGUCAAUUCUAAACUGUUCAAGUAAGACAAAUAAUGUCAAAGGUCGGGGUGUCAGACAGAUGAAGGACAAUGUUGAAGCAGAUGCUCUAGCCAGGCUGUUCAGUGCAUCUGAUAUGAAAAGAUCGAUAAAGAAAAUGUUACUUCUG